AUGGCCCAAAUAGAAAGUGACGCGGUUGAAUCGAUACCUCCGGGUAUCAUCGGGACCGAGGGCACCGAUGCAAAUGGCCACGCAGAUGAAGAAAGUCCAUUAAUCCCGCGCUCUGACACAGAACCUAAGCUCAAGACCUUAACUGGUGUUGGAACCAUUAUCGCGGUGCUUCUGCUCGGCGAAUUCAUUUCCAACGCCGAUGCGACACUAGUGAUGGCGGCGGCAGGCCGCAUCUCGUCGGAGUUUAACCGUCUACGCGAUGCUAGUUGGCUCUCAACGGGGUAUACAUUAGGUGUCUGUGCUGCACAACCAAUGUAUGGAAAAUUGAGUGAUAUUUACGGUCGCAAGCCAAUGUUACUACUUUCAUAUCUGCUAUUCGCAGUGGGAUGUAUAACUAGUGGCAUUGGAUCCCAGAUGUGGGUGGUAAUCUUUGGUCGCGCAACCAGCGGAAUGGGCGGUGCAGGAAUCAUGACUAUCAGCUCUAUUAUCAUCACAGAUAUUGUUCCUAAGCGCGAGGUCGCCACUUGGAGAGCAUAUGUGAACAUCGCCAUGACACUUGGACGCAGUCUCGGAGGUCCGCUGGGCGGUUGGCUGAGCGAUACUAUCGGAUGGAGAUGGUUGUUCCUCUUACAAGCCCCGUGCCUCGCUCUGGCUGCAGCUCUCGUGAUUGUGAAACUGAACGUCGAAGAGAAGAUAGACUCCACCUCCAAAGGUAACAGACUCGCCAAGGUCGAUUUCCUCGGAACGGCACUACUAGGCUCAUCUAUUGUCGCGAUGAUCACCCUGCUCGACCAAGGUGGGAAGUCCUUCCCAUGGAGGUCGCUGUGGACACUCUUCCUAGCAAGCGGUGGAUUAUCACUUCUAGUCGUCUUCGUGCUCGUCGAAGCCUACGUAGCUCGCGACCCAAUCUUCAACCUCCGCAUUCUCCGACGCACAAAUGUCUCCACGGCAUACAUUAUCGGUGCACUGCAGAUCGCCGCGCAGCUGGGCAUGAUGUUCUCGGUCCCACUGUAUUUCCAAGUAACACAGCGCGCAUCAACGACAGCAGCGGGGAUGCAUCUCAUUCCUGCAGUGAUUGGAAAUACUCUUGGCGGACUGCUGGCAGGAAUCUUCAUCAAACGCACAGGACAAUUCAAGAUUCUCCUCGUUCUGGCCGGCCUGGUUGCUGGCAUUUCCUACCUCCUUCUCUACCUCCGCUGGGACGGACACAGCGGCUUCUGGGAAUCGCUGUUUAUCUUCCCCGGCGGACUUGGCACCGGAAUUGCAUCGGCAUCAUCAUUCAUUGCCAUGUCUUCUAUGCUCCCGGGCGAAGAAAUCGCCAUGGCAACAGCGGGAUAUAUGCUGGUUGUGGGAUUCUCCAUCACGGCUGGUGUAACUACAUCAAACUCCGUUCUGGGGAUGGAGUUCCAGCGGCAGCUGAGGCUCAACCUUCACGGGACUGGUUCGGAGAAGGUUAUUCAACGUGCGAUGGCUGAUACGAAUUAUAUCGCGCAUUUGACUGGACACCUGCGGGAGGUUGUGGUGGCAUGUUACGUCUCCGGACUUAAGCAUACAUAUCUUCUUUCCCUUGGUUGUUCGCUUUUGGCGUCCUUCAGCGGGUUGUUUAUUGCACGCCAUCAAAUAUAG